AUGUCUGGUCAUAAUAACAACCCUUUCGCUGGUUCUCCUCGUCAAUCUAUUGCACCAACUCACAUUCAGGACCCUACUUCUCUCACAGACCUUUGUUCUCUCAUCAACUCAACGAAUCAACCUUCAGGAUCUCCUCAGCAACAACAGGCUACCGCCGAUCAAUUCUUAAACGUUCUCAAGGGUCGAUUUCUAUCCGAUCUUCCUUACAUUUGGCUCUCUCCUCGAUGUAUCGUCUCUCUUGCUACCAACAAGAUUCUCUCGGUAAAUUCCGAUCAAUCCCUCAAUGCUUAUGCAACUGAUUGGCGAGAUUGUAGCGAAGAUAGGCGGCAGAGAGUGGAACAAGAGUCUGGCUAUGGUUAUGGCACUGGACCUCACAUUUGGGCUUUGGCUGGCAAGGCAUAUUAUUACAUGCGCAGGACUGGUGGUGAUCAAACCAUUCUCCUCAGCGGUGAGAGUGGCAGUGGAAAAUCGGAAGCUCGACGUUUAUCAACACGUAUGAUCACCGAUCUUUCAUCAGCACUCCCUGGAAAGAAGGGCUCAAAACUCGUUCAACAGAUCCCGGCUGCUCAAUUCAUUCUAGAUAGUUUUGGAAACGCUUUCACUUCAGAUAACUCUAAUGCAUCCCGCUUUGGUCAAUACACCGAGCUACAAUUCGCCGAGAACGGUAAACUCUGUGGUCUCAAAACCUUGGAAUACUAUCUCGAACGUCAAAGGGUCAUUGACCGUCCUGCGAGUGAACGUAACUUUCAUGUGUUUUACUAUCUUGCCGCUGGUGGUUCACCAGAGGAACGAGCUCAUCUAUUCCUCGACCAAUCUCCUUCAACCACUGGCUUGGUUCAACUCCCCGGCCAGGCCCUUAGAGGUAACACCGGUAAUCAAGGCGUCCAGACCUUCCGUUACCUAUCACAGUCACGCAACGGUGCUUCAGCGUCGAGCGAUGCCAGCUCGUUUGGUCAACUUAAGCAAGCCUUCAAAGCAAUCGGAUUUCCCAAAAAAGGUGUCGCAUCUACCUGUCAACUCUUAGCUGCCAUUCUUCACCUUGGAAAUCUUGAGUUUGCUCAAGAUAACGGUCGAAAUACGGAAGCAGCAUCGGUUUCCAAUACUGCGGUUCUUGAUGUAGUAGCAUCGUUCUUAGGAGUUCGGGCAGAGGUUUUAGAGUCUACACUGACCUAUCAGACUAGAAUGGUAUCUGGUGAACGUUGUACCGUCUUUCUUGAUCCUGAAGGUGCCAGCGCGAAUCGGGACGAGUUGGCAAGGACACUAUACGGCCUUCUCUUCACCUGGCUCAAUGAAACUAUCAACCAGAAACUUUGCAAAGAUGACUUUGCAACCUUCAUUGCUCUUGUUGACUUGCCCGGGACUCAAAAUCAUAUCGGACGUGGUCUUAGUCAGGGUGAAGGCAACAACCUUGAUACGUUUUGUUUCAACCUCGCCAAUGAACGCGCUCAUGCGUUUGCACUUAAUCAGCUCUUUGUCGCCACUCGAGCUGAAUACGCUACCGAAGAGAUUCAACCCCACUUACUGCCAGAUAUUGAGACGCAAUUCAUCGAUAACUCGGAUUUGCUUCGCGUCUUGACUCACAACCCUGGCGGUCUCGUUCACAUCAUUGACGAUCAAACCCGGCGUAAGAACAAGGAUGACAACACCAUGCUUGACGCCAUGGCACGACGAUGGGGUAACAACUCGAACUUUGCCUCCAAACCAGCUGAUCCUCGUGUUGACCGCCCAGGUAACUUUACAUGUUCACACUACUCUGGACCGGUCACCUAUUCUGUCGAAGGAUUCCUCGAUCAAAAUCGAGACGUAGUCUCACCCGACUUCGUAACUCUCUUUGCUGGAAGCUCUGCCUCCAAGCGCACCUCAACCCUUCCAAGUGGCUCGACUAAUUCGUUCAUUCGUCAGCUAUUCGCCAGCGCCAGUCUUACUACUACUACUCAUCCUGAAAAUGAGAGUACAAUCGUUGCAGCUCAACAGCUUCAGCGGCCCAUGCGCGCACCGUCCACUCGACGGAAAAACAGACACGACGUGCCUACCGAAAAGGCGCCCGUUGAGGAUGACCCUACUGUCGACACGGGAAAGAAGGACAUGACUACCAAAUCAGUUGUGGCCGAAUUUGACGCCUCUCUCGUGACUCUUUUCGAGACUCUAGUGGACACCAAAACCUGGUUUGUGUGGUGUUUAAAGACAAAUGAAACUCAACUUUCGAAUCAGUUCGACGCUCGACUGGUUAAACAACAAAUCAAGUUCUACAACCUGGCUCCUCUCGCACGGCGGCUUAAGAAUGAAUGGAUGGUUAGCUUAGAGACAAAUGAUUGGUGGGAACGCUACAAAGCAUGUGGGCCAAUUGGUGCCGAGAAUAUCAGAAUCUCCCUUAUCAGUGAUUGGUCAGAGAAGGUGGAUGAAGUACGAAAGUUGAUGAGAUGGACUGAGGUAGACCUUUGUCUUGGUAAAUUCAAAGUUUUCAUGGGGGAUGCUACCUUUAGGCAAUUAGAGGACCGUCUUCGAAGCCUAGACACGGAUGAGCAACGAAGGUAUCAAGAAAAGGCCUCUGUUCAAGGCUUAUCCCAUAUCGAUACAAGUGGGGACCCAUACGCUACAGGUGGUGCUCAUUCGCCCAACUAUUAUCAAGCAGGCUUUGGCGCCAACUCUUCGGAAAUUGGUCUCCCCCUCGUCUCGAAUGCGGCCGGUCAUCCUACUCAUCCUGGUGCAUAUUUCGAUGAUGAUCGCAAAACAGUGAUGACAGAUACCGAAGGUGGUUAUGGCUCACCUAUGAAUGACACAGAGACCAAGUCUUAUGUGGGCACAGAUCGCUAUGCACCAUCCCGUAAUAUGUUUGACGGAUCUGGUAAACCAGGUGGGAGUGAGAAGCAAGGUCUACCUGACGCUAACACAAUACACGAAGAGGUAGCUGAAGAAGUUGGAGAAAGCAGUGCACGAAAGAAAUGGGUAAUCUUGGUGUGGGCUCUUACUUUUUUCCUACCCAACUUCUUGCUGUCGUGGAUCGGUCGAAUGAAACGACCAGAUGUUCGAAUGGCUUGGCGAGAAAAGUUGGCUAUCAAUAUCAUGAUUUGGAUCGUGUGUGGGAUUGCGGUCUUUAUCAUCGCUAUCAUGGGCAAUUUAAUUUGCCCCCGAGAAUAUGUUUUUUCAUCUAAUGAAUUGAGCUCACAUUCAUUCACGAGUGACGCCAGCAAUAUGCUCGUGGCAAUCCGAGGAGAAGUGUUCGACUUGACUAGCUUUGCACCAUUACAUUAUCCUUCGGUUGUGCCCACUACAGCUGUCCAGAAAUAUGGGGGUACGGAUGCUACCAAUCUAUUCCCCGUACAAGUCAGUGCUCUCUGCACCGGUGAUGGUAAUGGGAUUAGCGAUUGGAUCAUUCUCAGUGGUGCUAAUACCACGAGUGUCGAGCCGAACUCUGUCUAUCACGAUUUUCGUGCCUUCAAUGCAGACUCCAGACCUGACUGGUACUACGAGCAAAUGUACUACCUUCGUUACAACUAUCGCAGAGGCUUUAUGGGUAAGACCCCCAAAGAAAUCAAGAGUCUUGCCCGCAACUCGAAGAGAGCAAUUGCGAUUUUGGAUGGCAAUGUAUAUGAUCUUACUGAUUACAUCACAGUUGGACCGGGCAUUCGGACACCAACCGGAACCUCUCCUCCAUCUGUCGACACUCAGUUUAUGAGCCCUGCUGUCGUUCAACUAUUUCAACAAGGUGCAGGUGGUGAUAUCACUGAUCAGUUCAACGGUCUCGAUCUUUCAGCUACUGCUAGACAAGCACAGCGUACAUGUCUUCGAAACUUAUUCUUAAUAGCCAAAGUCGAUAAUCGACAAUCGGCGCAAUGCCAGUUUUCGCAGUAUAUUCUACUCGCCUUUUCGAUCAUCAUGGUAUCCAUCAUUGGUUUCAAAUUCUUGGCUGCUUUACAAUUCGGUAAAGCUCGACAACCCGAAGACCACGAAAAAUUCGUUGUCAUUCAAAUCCCAUGUUAUACUGAAGGUGAAGAAUCGUUGAGAAAGGCCAUUGAUUCGGUAACUCAGUUGAAAUACGAUGAUAAACGGAAAUUACUCUUUGUGGUUUGCGAUGGAAUGAUUAUUGGUUCCGGAAACGAUCGCCCAACUCCACGGAUCGUAUUGGAUAUCUUGGGUUCAGAUCCCAACCAGGAACCAGAGGCCUUAAGUAUUCUCAGUCUUGGUGAGGGGGCUAAACAACACAACAUGGCCAAGGUCUAUUCUGGCUUGUAUGAAUCGGGUGGUCAUGUUGUUCCUUACAUCGUGAUCGCAAAGUGCGGUAAACCGUCAGAACGCUCUCGACCGGGUAACAGGGGUAAACGUGACUCGCAGAUGAUGUUGAUGAGAUUGUUUAAUCGAGUCCACUUUGAUUCACCUAUGUCCCCAUGUGAACUCGAAUUAUAUCACCAGAUCAAGAACGUGAUCGGAGUCAACCCAGCCUUUUAUGAAUAUGUACUCAUGAUUGAUGCUGACACGACAGUUGACAAGUUCUGUUUGAAUCGAAUGAUUUCAGCUAUGAUGCAUGAUCAAAGGAUUAUCGGACUUUGUGGAGAGACGUCUCUGGCAAAUGCUAAACAUUCAUGGACUACAAUGAUGCAAGUUUACGAAUAUUUCAUUUCACAUCAUUUGGCUAAAGCUUUCGAGAGUUUGUUUGGAUCAGUAACUUGUUUACCGGGUUGUUUUACUCUUUACCGUAUGCGCACUUCUGAGCACAAGCCGCUAUUGAUCAGUAAUCAGAUUAUCCAAUCCUAUUCAGUCAACAGAGUCGACACAUUGCAUAUGAAAAAUCUACUUCAUCUUGGUGAAGAUCGAUAUUUGACCACACUUUUACUCAAGACCUUCCCUUCUUUCAAGACAACGUUCAUCCAAGACGCGUUUGCAAAGACGAUUGCACCAGACGAAUGGAAAAUUCUGUUAUCACAAAGACGAAGAUGGAUCAAUUCAACCAUUCACAAUUUAGCUGAAUUAUUGAUGAUUGAACGAUUGUGUGGUUUCUGCUGCUUUUCUAUGCGAUUUGUUGUGUUCAUUGAUCUUUUCUCGACUUUGAUUCAACCUGUUACUGUUGCAUACUUGGCCUAUCUUAUCUAUCUCGUUGCUUCCUCAACUGGAACGAUCCCAAUGACUUCGAUCAUUAUGAUUGCAGCAAUUUACGGUUUACAAGCUCUAAUCUUCAUCUUCCAUCGUAAAUUUGAACAUAUCGGUUGGAUGUUUGUUUAUCUUUUGGCUAUUCCCAUCUUUUCAUUUAUCCUUCCACUUUAUUCAUUCUGGAAGAUGGAUGAUUUCAGUUGGGGUAAUACUCGAUUGGUCAUGGGAGAAUCUGGAAAGACGGUUGUCAUUCACGAUGAAGGAAAGUUUGAUCCAAGUUCGAUUCCUUUGAAGACUUGGCAAGAAUAUGAGAAUGAACUUUGGGAAAGAGGUUCGAAUAAAUCGAUUGGAUCGAUUAUUGCUGGAAAGGACGCGGCCGCUAGAGAAGCGUCGUUGUAUGGACAAGAGACAUCAUAUGAUCCUCCGAUGAUGGGUGGUCAUAGCAGGACAGGUUCACCAGGCUUGUUUGAUCACAAUGUAGAUGGACGAUCUCUCCUUUCAGGAUAUCAAGGCCGUGGCGGUAGUAUGAUGCUCGGUGGUGGAAUGGGAAUGGGAAUGCCACCCGCAGGAUAUAUGGAUAUGGGAAAUCAAGCAGGAAGAGCUAUGUCAGUUCAUUCAUUUGGUGGACAAGGAAUGAUGAUGGGUAGAAAUGAUUCACCUGGAAGAGUUGGUAGUCCGUUUGGAUUACCUGCAAUGAACAUGACGGGAGGUGGGAUGAUGGGUAAUACAGGGUCGAUGAUGAUGGGAGGAGUACCUAACUUUAUGGGAGAUGUUGGUGGGAUGGGAAGUAGAAGAGGUAGUGGAGUGAAUUUAUUUUCACCUCGUGGUGGGAUUCCGGGUGAUGAUCAAAUCAUUGCAGAUAUCAGAUCUGUGCUUGCAAGAGCUGAUUUGAAUACGAUCACUAAAAAAGGAGUUAGACAACAAUUAGAAAAUAUGUAUGGAACUGAAUUAGGAGAAAAGAAAGCAUUUGUAAAUCAAGCGAUUGAAGAUCAAUUAAAUUAAAAUUCAAAGGUAGUCACGAUCUCCUUGAUCUUUGUUUCUUUUUUGGCAAUCAAUUCGUCAUAUUUGAGAAUGUAUGAUUCGGGUUUUUGAUUUCUUUAGUAGAUUUUUUUCUUCCUUUUUUUAGCACUCUUUCUUCUUUUCUCUCUAGCUUAUCUUUCUGUGAUUUAGAGUUUUGCUUGAUUUUUUGUCAAUAAGAUUACGUGAAGUGAAGAAGUUUUGCACCGUAUGAUAAUAUGUGAUGUUUUGAAGUUAAAUUUUUCUAUUAGGAUCAAAACAGUUCUUAACUUCUUUCAAACAAACAAUAUUUUAUAAUAGAACGUUUAUUUUGUUCGGAUGGAUGGACAGGCAGACAUAUAGUUUUUGUUUUCCAUUAUCAUUUUCUUUUAAAAUUGUAUUCUUUUUUGAUUUUUACGAAAAAUCCUUUGAUCUUAUUCUUUUGAUAUAAUUUUUUUUCUACAGCAGAAAGGGAGAAGUUUUGUUUUAUUUUUUGUCAAGUUUUUUUUUCUGUUUUUUUUCCUUUGGAGUUGUUUUGGUUUUGAUUGCAUUUUACACUUAGAAAUAUAUAAAUAUACAAAUACAUUUUUUUAGUCUCU